GAGUGCAGUUUAGCAGUAUAUAAGGCACCGGGACUUGUGGAACAAAUACAUUCAUUCCAAACGUUUCCCACAGUCCAACAUUAAAAUGCAAUACGUUGCUCUUCUGUCCUUCUUUGUUGCGGUUGCUAUUGCUGCUCCGCUGACCCCAGUUGAAAAUGCCGGAGACGCCGCUGUAACUGAAACAAUUAUGACAACGACGACUCCCAUCCCGAUUGUAAGACAAGAGAUGACAGUCGAAAACGGAAUCCACAAGAAUAGUUUCGAGACCGGGCACGGCAUUGUGGUCGAAGAAAGUGGCAGCCAGAAGCAAGUUGGAAUGUUGCCUGAAGAAAGCGGUGCCAUCUCCAGUGGAUCUUACUCCUAUACCAAUCCGGACGGCUCCGUGAUCACCGUCACUUGGGUCGCCGACGAAAACGGAUUCAAAGCUUCUGGUGAUCACUUGCCAACUCCUCCCCCGAUGCCCGAAUACGUCAUCAAGAUGCUGGCAGAUAUCGAAGCUGCUAGAAUCGCAGCCGCAACUGAUGCUCCAGCUACUGAAGCUGCCCCUUCUUUGUAGUGUAAACCAAAUUGAUUCCUUUUUUUUUGUCUCAAAAUUGCCAAGUUGAUUUGCAAUCUGUAAUUAAUCUGUUAAUAAAAACUCCUUUCAUUACUUCAAA